AUGGAAACCAGGCAUAUCAGUCUUGAACUGCCCACCGAAGAAAUGAGGUCUCUCUUUAUCUGCGUGUUUCUUUGCGCCUUUUCCCACUGCUUGGCCCGAGAUGAACAAGCAGGGCGAUAUGAAUACUAUGUCAAACCUGUGAGCCACGUGUCGCCAUCUGACAUAAGAAGGGGUGGAAAGGCUGUGGGAAACCAAAUAACCGGAUUUUAUACUUUGGUGGCGCCGAAGCAAAGAUGGCCCUCGACAACCAUUCCCUACGAGCUUGAUGCAGCAAACACCUUUAGUGAUGCUGAAAAAGCGCUGAUAAUGGACGCGAUGAGCGCCAUCUCUGACGAGACGUGUCUCGAGUUUGUGGAAAAAACGAGCGAGACUUCGUACAUUUCCAUUGGAAAUGCUGAAUCGGGAUGUUUUGCUCAAAUUGGUUACGACGUCGGAGCUCGUCCGGUUAAUCUACAGUCGGACGGAUGCUUCGGAGAUAUCACAACGCCGAUUCACGAAUUGAUGCACGCCCUUGGUUUUGAACACGAGCAAACGAGGUACGACCGCGACCUGUACAUAGACAUCCAAUGGGAGAACAUCCAGGACGGAAACGCAGACCAGUUUGAAAAGUUGCCGCGCACCUACGCUUAUCCGCAGUACGAAUUCGACUUCAUGAGUCUGAUGAUGUACACCGUCGACUCGUUUGGAAUAGGAGGUCGUCCUUCCAUGGUUCUGACGCCCAAGUAUGAAAAAACCAUCGACCCUUAUCAAGUUGGUCGCGCCACAAACUUCUCCUGGACCGACACUGAGAGAAUUUUCUCCGCCUACGGCUGCUACGCUCAGUACCAGGAACCAAACGCUGGCGCUCGCAUCGCUGGAAGAGAACAAACGUUGACCAUUUUUUGAUAAUAAUUUUACGUAUCGAGUUUUCGUGCAAGAAUUUUGAAUAAAAUAUUUCUUGGAAAAAUGAUUAAAUAAAUGAUAUGGAAUUGUUUGAAAGUAAAUUUAAUCCAAAAUUAAAAUAAUUAAAAACAGAACGAUAUUUCACAUUGUUCAGAAUAAAAUAUGCUUCUAUUUUGAAACAGUACAAAUUCUUUGCUAAAAAUUUUUGUUCAUUCACGAUGAGACAUAGCCAAAGCUAAAGGUUAUGUUUAGGAUUUUGUUAUGAAAGUCGUGCAUAAUUUAUGCAUAUUGACAAAACUCACGACUCACGAA